AUGACUCGAAGGGACCCAGUUUACGUCGUGGGAGUAGGGAUGACAAAAUUUGAAAAGCCCGGAACCCGUGACGAUUUUGACUACCCGGAAAUGGUGAAAGAGUCGGUAACAAAAGCUCUGCAGGACGCCAGAGUGCCUUACGACUCAAUAAAAGGGGCAGCAGUUGGCUACGUGUACGGUGACUCAACCUGUGGGCAGCGCGCCCUCUAUGAAGUGGGCCUGACGGGAUGCCCGAUCUUCAAUGUGAACAACAACUGCUCAACUGGCGCCUCGGCGCUGAUGGUCGCUAAACAGAUGAUAGAGUCCGGGCGCGCCGACUGCGCUCUCGCAGUCGGCUUCGAAAAAAUGGAGCGCGGCUCGCUGACCUCAAAGUUCCUCGACCGGACCAACCCCAUGGACAAGCACGUGGGACUCAUGUCCGAGCUCGCCGGAAUCUCCGACGGGCCAAUCACUGCCCAGUUGUUCGGCAACGCCGCCAUUGAACACAUGGAAAAGUUCGGAACUAAGCCCGAGCAUUUUGCCAAGAUUGCUUAUAAAAAUCAUCUUCACUCCGUCAAUAAUCCCUAUUCGCAAUUUAGGGAUAAAUACAGCCUCCAGGAAAUUCUCAAGGCCCCGAAAGUCUUUGGCCCUUUGACCAAGCUUCAGUGCUGCCCAACUUCAGAUGGCAGCGCUGCUGUUGUCCUGGCCAAUGAGCAGUUUGUCAGGAAACACAAUUUGCAAAAACAGGCUGUGGAAAUUUUGGCUAUGGAGAUGACUACUGACACGCCAUCUACUUUUGCUGAAAAAAGCAGUAUUAAGCUUGUUGGGUACGAUAUGACGAAAAACGCCGCAGAGAAGGUCUUUAGCUCGGUUUGCUACAAACCUUCCGACGUAGAUGUGAUAGAAUUGCACGACUGCUUCUCAGCAAACGAGCUGAUAACUUAUGAAGCCCUGGGGCUGUGCGCUCCAGGUCAAGCAGCCCAGCUGAUUGACUCCGGGAACACCACCUACGGCGGGAAGUACGUGAUCAACCCCAGCGGGGGCCUGAUUUCUAAAGGUCACCCUCUAGGAGCGACCGGGCUGGCCCAGUGCGCGGAACUUAGCUGGCAAUUGCGUGGCGAAGCUGGAAAGCGCCAAGUUCCUGGCGCUAAGCUCGCUCUGCAGCACAACAUCGGCCUAGGAGGCGCUGUGGUCGUCGCGUUAUACAAACUAGGUUUCGCUGGCGGUCCCCAGAUGAAUUUCAUCAGCGGAAAAGUUUCCCCGGAGAAGUUCCAGGCGAACAAAGUCUUCAAGGUGUUUGAAGUCGCGAUGCAAGAUGACGAAGACGGGCUCAUUGACAAGUACCGAGGAGUUUAUGGGUUCAAGAUCAUCAACGGACCUGGGGGCGCUGAGGGCUACUGGAUUAUCAAUGCUAAAGCUGGCAAGGGCAAGGUUGAAUUCGAGGGCAAGGAAAAACCUGAUGUUGUUUUUACCAUCAGUGACACUGAUAUUGUUGACUUCAUUUCUGGAAAGCUAAACCCCCAGCAGGCGUUCUUCCAGGGGAAGAUCAAGAUUAAGGGCAAUAUGGGACUGGCUAUGAAGCUUCCGGACCUUCAGAAGCGCGCUGCUAAGAAAAUUGAACUGCUCAAGGCUAAAUUGUAG